AUGAAAUCAAAUUAAAAUUACCUAUUUAUUUAUUUAUUUAUUUAUUUAUUUAUUUUUAUUUUAAAGAAACAAAAUAAAAAAUAUAAGUAGAUUAUUAAUUAAUGCUUUUUUUUUAGUGAUAUUUUAAAAAUUAGCAAUUAAUAUUAAGUAAUUUUCAUCACAAUAUUAAAAUAUUUUGAACCACUUAUUUAUUUUUAUGAAAGGAAAUAGAUUAAUAAAAUAAAUAUAAUAAAUUUAUUCAUAAAUUUAAUUGAUAAUUUUGUAAUUUUGGAAAGCAUGGAUUAUAAAAAAAACUACGUUUAACUGAUUAUAGCUUACACAUUUAUUUCUAAAGUAUCAUUGAUCUUGUAGAUUUACCAACUCAUUUAACUUUAUCAUGAAGAUAUAAAUAUUAAUUCUUACAUUAGAAGCUUUUUACUUUCUUUAAUAUGCAGCAGAUAUGUGAGUUACAUAUUCUUAAAAAGAUUAUAUUAGAUGAGCAUUUAAGGUUAUAUUUUAAUUAUAUUAACAUAUUCUGAAGACAUUUACUUGUUUUACAGGCUCUUAAUCAAUUAAAAUCAAUAAAAUAAUUUGAACUAAGGGUUAAUUUAAAACUUUUAAUAAAAUUAUAAUUAUCUAUUCUUUCUUGUUCAUUUUAAUAGUAUCAUAUUUGCUCCAACUAAAGUACUUAUUUAUCUAACUCUUUAUGAUAGUUAAAUUAUUGAAUAAAAAUUAUUUUGCUUAUGGCUGAUUUUUUCAGUAGGAGUUGAUUUGUUCUUUUGCUGGAUGGAUGGCUUAUUUAGUUUAAGCUAUUUGUUUGUUACUAAUUAUCCAAACUUACCCAAUAUAUUAAUCAAGGAAUCACUAUUGGCAUCAUUUAAUUUCAUGGCAAGUGUAACGAUCUUAUCAGAGUGCUCAAAAAUAUAAAGAUUUUUACUUUUUUAUGCAAUUUAUAAUAUUAUUCUUGCUAUUUAUUAUCACUAGAGUAUUAAAAAUAGAAUUGAAUACAUGCAAAUAUAAAACUCUUUAGAAAGAAAUUUGGUAAUCAAAUUUUUUUUUCAUAUUGAUGUUGAGGCUAAAAUUGUUACAGAAGGCGUAUAGUUUCUAGGAUGCAUAACAUUAAAUUAAUCUAUAAAAUUCUCUCUGAUGUAGAAAUGCUUUCUAUUGAUUUCUUAUUUAUACUGUCUGAUGAACCAAGACGAAAUUACAAAUUAUUAAUAUUUUUGUCUAUGCUUAAUAGUUUUGUCUCCUAUUUUCUAAUUUUUCAAACUUGUCUAAAAUAUGGAUUUAAGAAAUGCAAAAAAUCCUUAUGUAAUAGAAAUUGAUAAUUUUUACGAUCUGAAAAAAUACAUUUAAUUGUACGAAUAAGAAAAUAAAAGUAAGAAAUUUUAAUACUUUUAAAAUCUUAAGUUAGUAAACAUUUAUAUAAAUCCAAAUUAAUUUGUGAAUCACUCUGAUCUUUUAGUAUCAUUAUUUUCCUCAUUUGGUGCCUCAGAAAUAUGUUCAAGAUUUUACAGCAGGUAGUACUUCGAGUAAUCUUAAAAGUAUUAAAAGAUUAAAUUAAAUACAUAAAUUUAAGCAAACGACUUCGAUAUUACAAUCAAAAUUUCUUAAGUAUUGCCUUAAAUAAAAUUACUUGAGACUAAAGUGGAAAGAAAUGUGGAUUUUUAUAAAAUAAUAAGUUUACUUUUUACGAAUAGCAUAUUAUUGAAGAUAGAAAAUAUUGAGUUUGGGAUUUAAGAAGACUUAAAUACAAAAUUAAUUUAAAUAAAUAACAGGUUCUUUGAUUAAACAAAUGUUACCCAACUUUAAGCUGUAGUAUUUAUGGCUUUUAUAUCUCAGUAACAAAUAUACAAUCCUCUCAUUAUAUUUUAUGACCUAUUUGAGUGCUACUGA